AUGGCCAAAUCAAGCUGUUCAAAAUUUUACUGUACCGAUAAAAAAGGACGGCAUGAUCAAGACAACAGUUUAAAUGAAGACCAGGACCAGGUGUUGGUCCAGAAAUAUGUUACGCCCACUUGGUCUAUCAGUUGGACUAUUAAGAAUUUUAAAAGAUUAGUUGACCUUUAUCCUAGAGGAAGAUUUUUAACAAGUAGCAAUUUUACUUUAGAAGAUGAAAUUACUAGGGAAAGUUAUGAUUGUAGAAUCAGAUUAUUUCCUAAUGGAAAUUGGCAAUAUCAACCAGCUGGUUUUAUCGCUCUUUACUUACAAGCAACUUUAAGAUCAGGAAAAGAUGCUCCACAAGGCAUUUUUCAAAAUUAUGAAAUUUUAAAGUUGGAAUUAUUUCAACCCCCUAACCCUCACUCCCUUAAAUUCGCACAUCUUACCGUUGAUAAUGUUGAAAAAAAUGGACAAAAUUCUUAUGGCUUGGCAAAAUUUUGUCGAACAGAGUCUAUCCUAUCCGAUUCUUGUGAUUCUGAAGUUAUAAUUAAAAUAACUUUGAUGGGUUCUCCUGUUAACGAUGCAACUCCAUUCGAACCAUUCUUAUACAAUGAUAGAUUUUGUGAUGUUGAAUUCCGUUUCGAAUGUGGAAAUAGACUUAGAGCUCAUAAAGUAAUUCUUUCUGCUCGUUCUAAAUACUUUGAAAAAAUGUUUGAUGGAAAUAAACCAUUAAUUGCCGAAGAAUAUCAACCACGAAAUAAUGAUAAAAAACAAUCUAAUAAACUUCGACGUCUUUUAACGGGGUUAUUGAAUAGGUUGAUAUGGGAUAAUAUGGAAAAUGUAGCAAAUCAAAUUAUUGCAAUCGUUAAUAGGUCAAAAGAUGAGAAGGAUGGACAUACCUUGCGUACGGUUAUAUAUGUUAUAUUUGAUUAUGCGUGUCAAUGUCAAAAUUUCAGUGACCUGUACGCUCACCUUUGCAAAAGCAUAAUGGACGGAAUGGAUCAAGAAAUCAUUGAUAAAUACAUCAAUAUGCCAGAUGGUUAUACUGCAAAAGGACGUAAUUUGUUUUUAAAAUAUUUGUACACCAAGUGUCAGAUUGAAUUGGAAAAAGGUUGUGCAGUCGAUUUAUACAUUAAAUGUGACGAUAAAGGUGAAAUUAUCGAUAAAAGGUCAAAUGAAUACUUUUUAGCAAUUCGAGAAAGAAAACGUUGGCUGGGUCUUGCACGAUUCUUUGCAGAAUUGUUUAAAAGAAAUGUUAUUACCGAAUCAAUGAUACAUAAAUGUGUCAAACAUUGUUUGAAUAAGGCACAAAGUCCAUUCCUCGAUCAAAGAAUUGAUUUUUUGUAUGAAUUGUUGAAAACAGCUGGUAAACUAAUGGAUCAUGAGAAGGCACGAUCUCAUAUGGACACGUAUUUUGAAAGAAUGGCUUUCUUCGCGCAACAUACGCAUUUGAAUAAGCAAUUAUGUGUUAUGUUGAUGGACCUUAUAGAAAUGCGUAAAAACGGAUGGAAUCCUAUCAAUAAAAAGUCCGAUAAUGAUAGGAUAUAUGAAAUCGACAAGUUAAGUAAUGAAACUUUGAAACAAUUACAAAGUUCUGAUGUGAAGGCAAUACACAUUGAUUAUGUCGAUUACAAGACUUUCAAACGAAUUUUAUACUACUUUUACACCGGAAAAAUUGACCCUAAACUGGACAUUGAGGUUUUAAAGGGAUAUAUGUGA